AUGCCGGGCAGGAGGCGGGCGGUGUUAUCGGCAGAGGUCCGAGGAGGGGACCAGGAAAUGCAGCGUGCUGGUACAGGGCUGCUGCUGGCGCUGAGCUGGCGUUUGUGCCGACAGCCGCGUCCGGCCGCCGGUGUGCAGCUGAGCUGGAGCCGAUGCUUAUUCGUGAUCCUCUUGUUUCCGUUUGACCUUCUCCUGUUACUACCUUUUACCAUAAAUAAGUCUUCAUGCCUGGGGAUGUUUAUCCCCAGAAGUGUUUCUGGAGCAUCAUCACGCUGCCUCCAGCAAGGCACAGCCCUCGCACUGGCUCCCACGCUCAUCCGGGCCACGGUCCCACAGAAAUGGGACUUCUGGGGACGCUCCUCUGGAAGCAGCGGUGGGAUGGCACUGGCAGGACCGCAGCGUGCUCUUCAGACCCAUCACAUGUUGUGCUUUGUUCCCAAAGAUGUGGAAGCCUUUGGCCUCUGUGGAGGGCAUCUGCCGCCUGAGCUUUCCGUGUGGCCAGCCCAUCACUUCAUCGUGGCGACGGCAUGCCAGGAGGCGGACUACGGCUGGAUGAUCCAGCACUACUGCCUGAAGCAGUUCCAGCUCAGCAUGGAGGGCAUUGGGCAGCGGCUCUGGUGCGACUGGGAUGAGACUGUGGGGUAA